UUGUUGCAGUGGGAAGUAUGAAAGUGUUGCUCAGCCUUAUGAAGGUUGACGUUAGCUAGCGGGGUACAUUUUGUAAUGCAAGUUUAUGCUUUCAGACACUGGAAUAUUUAAAUUUGGAAGCGCUAACUUACUUUGUCUAUUGUUUUAUGAGUUAAGGUAACUUAGAGCUAACGUUAGGUUGUUCACGAGUGAGUGUUAACAAUGGCGCUUAAACUUUUUUGGACACUGAGACCAAUUUUAGGGGCUAACUGUCAAAGUAACGUUAAACCAUAUGGACAGUCGAUAAAGGCGAGUUUGUGGCCAGUAAAAUGCUACAGCACUGCAACGGGAGGUGAAGACACUGGACCAGCUGCGGGACAGACUGUGGUCACAGAGCGCAGGGGGUCCGUGGUUACCGUGGCGAUAAACCGCCCUGAGGUGCGUAAUGCGGUGAACCAGGAGACGGCGAGGCGUCUGCUCAAAGAGCUGGAGGCCUUCGACAGUGACAAAGACCUGAAAGUGGCUGUCCUGCACGGGAAAGGAGGGAAUUUCUGUGCUGGUUAUGAUCUGAAAGAGCUGGCCAAUCGCAAAGCCCGACUCCAAUUGGAGAAAGAUGUCACCAAGGGUCCCGGUCUGAUGGGUCCCUCCCGUUUGGAACUGUCAAAGCCGCUGAUAGCAGCUGUCAGCGGCUACGCUGUGGCUGGAGGGCUGGAGCUGGCUCUGCUGGCGGAUCUGAGAGUGGUGGAGGAGAGUGCCGUCAUGGGGGUGUUCUGCCGCAGGUUCGGAGUUCCCCUGAUUGACGGAGGUACAGUGCGGCUCCCGCGUCUCAUUGGUCUGUCACGAGCCCUGGACCUGAUUCUGACCGGCCGGCCAAUCAGCGCACAGGAGGCUCUUGCCUAUGGACUGGCUAACAGAAUUGUUCCUGAUGGCCAAGCUUUACAGGCAGCGCUGGAGUUAGCAGAGCAAAUCAGCUCCUUCCCUCAGCAGUGUCUGCGGGCCGAUCGCUCCUCUGCCAUGCACAGCUGCUACGACGCUCUCUCCUUCACACAGGCCAUGCAGUAUGAGAUCGACCAUGGAAUUCCUGUCAUCCAAUCAGAAGCUGUCGACGGGGCUACCAGGUUCACUGCCGGAGCAGGAAGAGGAGGAGAAUUCUCCUAGCAAUUUAGUUUGCAGAGGCCUUUGUGAAGUGUGAUCUUCAGGUGAUCUAACACAUCUUGCUGUAUCCAUGUUUGAGGUUCACUGCUUUAAGACCACAGACUGAAAACAACAUGCAGUAGAACUCUGCCCCUUCAACCAUACUGAAUAAACCUGAUUAAUUUGUGUUUUAAA